AUGGCGGAUCGUCUACGUUUGUCAUUGUCGUUAUACUUUUCAAAGCACAUGGAUCGUGGGGAUUGGCGAAGUGUCCUCAGAGCUCUUCACGGCUGCGCUGAGACGGGAACGCUGCUGCAUAGUCUUCCCCACGACACGAUCUUUCCAUUUUUGGUGGCUAAUGGGCAGUGGGAGUCCGUCCUGCGCCUUAGUAGCCAACUUAUCGCAGUGGAAGAGUCUCACAGCAACAACAAGACGAAGACGAAGAAGGGAAAUAAAGGGACGGCGGUGUCACUGGCACAAGAAGAGGGGUUGUACAACACUCUGCUUCGUGCGACACUUGCCCAGGAGGCGGUGUCGAGCAUGGGGAGUUGGCAGGCGGCGGCAGCCAUUGUGCAGCGCGCCGCGCGACGCCGUGUACGAUUAGAAACGCCAGUCAUACGAGAUGUAUUGAGGACCGUGGAAAAUUGGCAGCAUGAGCUUGCGAACGGCAGCAACAGCAGUGGGACUCUUUCUGGAAAAGAGGAGAGUCCCGGCUGCAGUGAUGCCCUGCUGCUCACACGGGACAUGCUUGCUGCAGAUCUGCAUCUUCGCGGAAAGUCUCCUCCCAUUCCCAAAUCAACGCCUGCGUGCCGCCCCCCGCGGGUGCUCCAGUCGGAUUUGGUGCAGGCCAUUCACGACACCGUUUUUCAGGGAUCCUUCACGAAGGAUAGAAAUGACCCCACUCACUGGGAGAAGUUGAGGGAGCAGAUGCACGCGAGUUUUACUUCAUCUUGGGAAGAUGCUGUGUACACGGUGCUUCAUGUGUGCGUUCCUCGUACCGAUUCAAUCAGAAAGGUUGAGGAGGGUGAAACAGUAGACACAGUGCUUCAAGCAACUAUUGAUUACAUCACCGUGCGACCAGAUGCCGCCGAGAAGAUUCUUCAUUGGACGCAGCAGCGUAUGUUUAAUGGUGCCAUUAUUACUCUUCCACAUUCAAGUCUGCUUGGAAUUGAGCAACAUGAUAAUGUUGUUGGUGGUGGUGGUGGUGAUGGUGAUUCUAGAAGUGACGGCAGUGAUAAUGGGACUUCUUUGGCGUGGUGGAGGAGAGAAGUUGAAAAGCAACCAGCGCUGGAAUUGCCUAAGUGGGAGAUGGUAAAGGCGCUGGCCAUGGCGGAGUUGGAACAACGUGAACGACAGUGGGCGAUGGUGGAAGGCGGUCUCUGUUGUUGGAAAGAGGAGUCAAGGGAGAAGAGAACCCACACUUCGACUCUCACACGGCUUUGUAUUGCCGUGCAGUUAAUCUGCAUGAGAGACGAUGCUUUGGAGCAGAAGGAAAUUCCCGUUCAUUGGGAUGACAUGAAACAAAAGGAAAUGGAGUGUUUGGCACGCAAAUUACUUCUGCACGGUUCUGUGGUGAUGGUGACUGCAACUGGUGUGGAUGACUUUCCUUUUUCUCUCUUGUCGGACACCGUUCAAACCUUAAUGACGGUUUACAUUCGCCUUUGUUGUGUGCGGGAUCACAGGCGAAGAAUGUUGCUGAACCACACAGGGGGGUCGCACGGAGGACAACCUCAGACGCCCAAAGAAUACGUCGGCGGUACUUUCGACAAGAAGGGGAAUGCGAACAACAACGCCAAUGAAAUUUAUAGUCUUUCUUCAAAGUCGGCACUUGCUUCUGGACGGGAUGUAUUUUGGGAAAACGUUCUCUUUCCGUACACAUUGGCUGGUUGGCAGCGUUCGCCAAUAGCUGCUUCGUGGCAAGAGCUGUUGCGACGUGUUUUCUGCGAUACCUCCCUAUUAAAAAUGUGGUUUUUCGAUGAUGGUUUAUCUCAUGGCCGUAACGCGACAAUUGACGAGAGACUCAUGCCUUCUGCAGAGAAGAAAGAAGAAAACACCGCUGGCGGUGGUGGUGUGGGCCACAGUCGUGGUCGUCGACGUCGCCGUUUUGGUGGUUCUGGUGUCAUGCGCUCCUCUUCCUUUUUUUGUGAAGAGGCACUGAAGCAGUUGCAAGAGCUGGUGUAUUUUCUCAGUCGACGAUUUCCUCCGUUGGACAAUUACCGUGCCAUUUUUCCUUUACAUUAUGAGAAGAGGGACGAGGAAUACCAGCGGGGUUCACAAUUCCGUGUCUCAGACAAUGCAUGCAUGAAUACCGAUAAUGAUGUGAGACGAAUUCCCGCCCUAUUCAAUCUCUUGGCACGGCAGGAAGAGGUGGAUGAGAUUGGACGUGGCCUUUUGCAGGCAUGUGUGAAGGAUAACCUCUCUGUAUCGGAUGCCAGCAAUGUUUGGCGUACAUUUGUUUUUUCCAUUGCCCCACGACAUGUGGUGCCGUUGCUAAGAUGCAUGAUGGACGUUGCUUCUGCCCAAACAUGUGAAGGUCCUUGGCGAUCGUGUCGUGUGGCCCUCGUUGUGGUGAUGCACGAGAGUGAUCUUUCUAGCACGGAAGAAAAAGUAAAUUACACAGCCCGUUUGUUCCAUUCUAUCGAACCCCGUACAACUUCAUGGCGUGCGGCUCUCGCACUCUGUGUCGCAGCCGCGUCGAAGAUUGGUGAGCAACUCCAUGAUGGCAAAACGGAUGGUUCGCUUUCUCAUAUCCUUGAUGCGUUGCUGGUUUCUGCCGCACCGCCACGUUGGCGGGAGGCUUUGCAGGUGGUGGAACUCAUGCACCAUGUAGUUCCAAACACGGGUGAAAUCCGAGGGAAGGAUGAUGGCUGCAUGAAUGGUGCGUUGCCUAACAGAACCCCAUUGAGUGAGAGUGAGCGCAUCGACUUGUACGAGUUUAUCGCCCCACUUAAGCAGCGGCGACAUUGGAUGUCUGCCAUAGAGCUCUUUACUACAUAUGAAGCACGCCAGCUCUCUGGGCAUGACUGCGCAUGUUUUGCCUUUGCUGUGAAACAUGGGCCGCUUUCAUUUGCGCGUCGUGUGUUAAUUUCACUGAGGGGAAAAGAAAAGUCCAGAGAAGUUGCACAGGCGGCCUUGGUGGCGUCGGAACGGCACGUCAAACAGGCUGUGCGGGCACUUCAGAAAAAGCGGCAGAGACAACGGCAACUUCAUCAAGGCGAACAACACGACGAUGAUGGCUCCGUGGAGCACGAGCGGGCGUUUAUGCUCCACGAGGCAAAUCAGGUGGCGCGCUUGGCUCUUGCCGCGUGGCCCACGCCCAUCAGCAACGAUGAGGACUUUGCACUCAUAUGGAAAUGUGUGAAGGGUGUCUGCGCUGGUAACGUGAAUGCGGCGAAGCUCUUGCUUCGUCAGAGUGCAUUGUACGACACGGAUCAAGCCAGGAACGAAGCAGACGCGUUGUUGCAAACUGUGCGUCUCUGCUCCACCGCUCAGGAUGCAGCAAGCGCCAUUGCCGCAUAUAAAAAGUUUCGUGAGAGGUUUAUUGGCAUGGUUUUGCCUGAAGAAACGAUGUUGCAACUGCUUUCAUUGUGCGUUGCUUCCGUUGUUGAUGCAGUGGAGGAUGUGACGACGAGUGAUGGAAUUACGAUUUUAUGUACCGUACUGAAAGACACGCUGUUGAUGCAUGACGUCUCUAUCCGUUAUGAGAGUAAACCUACGGGAACGCCAAGAAACUUUAUGCUCCAUGCAUGCGUGGUGCUGUUUCGCUUAUCCGCGCCGGCUGAUGAACGGGCAGUGGUGGGCAUCCCUAAGUUUAGAUGUGACGCGACGCCAGUUAUGCAACGACAUGCUCAACGUUUGCUUCAUGUGUUAACAAAACAUUUGGUGGGGACUGACGCAAGAAUUUUACGCAAUCUUCCGGACUUUAUUGGUGUUCUUCGGGCACUACCCCCUUUGUGCCUCAAUGCGGCAGUUUCACCGACGUCGCAGACAUUGCCUGAAGCAUCUGGGGUGAAUCCCAUUGCCGUGUUAAACCACCACGUCCAGAAAUUAGAGAAGAAGUUGGGCCCUGUGGUGCCGGUCGAUUGCUUGUUUUGGCUGGGAAUUCUGCAGAGCGAGAAGGUGACAUUAGGUACAUCCGCCUUCCCAUCUUCGUUAUCAUGCCCCUCAGUUAGAGAGGAGGGAGACGGAGAAGCUGUACAGGGGGAAGUGAGGGAUGUGCCACGUUGGAAUCCUGAGACGUUUCUUAUGUCGAACGAUGUCAUGAACACACGAGAGGCGACAGCACAAUUAGACCGCAUUAUUCUCCACGCCAUUGAACGGGCUGCGCCUCAUGAUGCUGAAAAGAAAUUGUCAUCGUCAUUACGUUGCCUACUUCUCCCGUGUAUUAUUGAGGCGCUUGCUUUUUUACUGCACCAUUGCUGGCACGCGCAGCCUCCGCUCACUGUUAUUCUUGCAGCAGCAGCGUAUGCAUUGCAUUCCUUGGAUGCCACACCGGAGUGGGUUUUGGGUGAGAAUGCAAUGGAGAUAGUUGCGGCAUUUCAGACUAUUUUUUUUAGUUUUCAUGUUUGCCACACCGUGGCGGAACUUGCGGUCUUGGCACAUCCGGCGCACCGUCUUUCUUCUGCCGUGGAUACCGUGUUGAGCCGAACGGCGUACGAGGAGGUGCGGUACGUGCAUGAUUUUAUUUUAUUGGUAUCUGCCUGGAUGCAGAGACGUUUACAUGCAGCCGAGAGUGAGGAGAGGCGGAUGCUGGAUGAACCUCAUGCACACUUCAUGAUCCGUCUUGUUGGAAACCUGGCGGGAACCUGUGCGUCGUGGCCGGAGUCAUCACUGCGGAAGGAGUCCCUGCGUCAACUCCGUCUUUUGUGUGAGAUGAUGGAGCGAUGUGUGAAUGCUGGAAAAACAGCACCCCUGUCCUCUACUGCUCUUCUUGUGCUUCGUGUCAUGAGCACAAUCCUCCGGAACGGUCCAAUGGACAAUGACGCAGUGGAGUCCCAUUUUGUUGGUGCCACUGCCGUUUCUAAGGUUCACACCAGCAGUGACGUGAAUAUGGAGUCACCACCCGCAGGCAAUGCGGCUCUUUCCGAUCUUUUUUUGGCAAUUACACUUUUACACAUUGUGCGUUAUGGCGCGCGCUCGAGCAUACGUUUGGUGCGUGCCUUUUUACCGGCACUUCAGCUUGAGGAAGGCUUACAGACAGUCUUGAGUGACGAUGAGGGAUUUGUAGGAGGACUUGUUGCGAUGCAGUCCGCUCGUUUGAACGCCACUGCUGCCGUACGUCGCGCCUUCAGCAUGUCAUUAUCGGCUGCCACAAGAUUUAUUACACGUCUUGUAGAGUUUCCUCCCAUUUUGUCUGUUGACGCCUUGACAGCACAGUGGCUGCGAUCUGAGGAGCAACUUGUGGAAUUCGCUGUCUUUGCGGCUCUUGCAGCGUGUCGCGACGGCGAGGCAUCGGAUGAGAAUGACAUUGUAGGGGCAAUGGAUGCUGUAGGCACACUUGUUCCCCACCGCUGGGACCUUCCAUACGCCAUUGCGUUUGAGUGUCCGCUUACUGCAACGCAGAAGACGACUUCAAUGGAUCUCACGCUCCGCAGUAGACUGGCGUUUGUCCUUCAAUGCUGCGGGCCGUGGCCGGGAGGAAUUGUGUUGAGGCUGCUUCUCCAGGCGUCGUGGCCUGCCGUCAGUGGUGGAAAGAAUGACGGUAUUCUUUCAAAUUAUAACGAAAUUCUGGAUGUCAUGGCAAAUCUUUCCUUGGACAGACGAUUUCGCACGAUUUCGAUAGCUCCUUUACUCCAACGCGAGGCCUCACUGCCGCUGAUGCAAUGUGUGGUGCUGUGCCACCACCAGGCGUCCACAGCCGCGUGCAUCAUAUUGGGGAAUGCUACGCCGCAAGAACAAGAGCCACAGAGGCAGCAGAAGAGGCGUUGGGAUGUUUGGAAGGCUUUUUUCACGAGCGAUGGGGCGGUGCAAUUCAUUGCAAUUGCGUAUAUGACGGGAUCAUUAUCAGAGACACGUUCCACCCUACAAGAACGACAACAGCUACGGCAGCUAUUAGCAGACAUGACGUCUUGGUUGUCAUCUUCCUUAUCAUCAUCUUCUUUUUUUAGUUGGCCGUGGCGGUCGCUCUGUUUGGAGGCGCGGCAACUUCUCCUGUGGAGUCGUGUCACCCUCACGGUUCCAAAAUGGGCGAGUGUGAACGAAAAGAUGCAUGAAACUAUGACAGAGGAGAAGAGAAUGAUCGCUGCUGCCAUGUCACUAGUGACAUCCCCCGACAUCGUCUCCUCUACAACCUUUUAUUCUGUUAAUAGGGAGCGUGCACCGACUUUUUUGUCUUCCUCUGCGGAUGCGACGGCUGGUGAGACCUCUUUUGUGAUGUGUUUUCAGUGCGCCCUUUUUAAUACUGCAUGGGUAGCGGAGAUGUGCGCAAAACAGUUUGCGUUUAAGAGUUCUUUCAUAUACUCACGUUUGUGCCGCGCGUUGCGUGUUCUUCCCGACGUAUGCGUGAUGAGAGUGGGGGAAAAUGACGUUGAUGACGAUGUUGUUGGAAUGAUUGCAGCGGGGUCGCUGUUUGCCACGCCGUGUGGCUUUAGCAGUUUGCAGUACGUGAGGGCAGCAAUCGACAUGGUAAGUGAUGUGACAAAGUUAGGGAGUGAAAAGAGCUUCUUGCUUUCAAUUGCAUGCAGUCAGUCCAUGCAGGAUGCGUUGGAGCUGCUGGAGAAACGUUUAUCCCAGCGACCGUACACGCCCCUUUGCGUGCAGUCAUUACUCGCCGCGUGGAAUACACUACUUAUUCGUUCUGUCGAGGUUGACAAACAGAAGGGAAAGAGAAUGCAGCCGAUGGGUCACAGUGUGGAGGCGCAUGCGGAGUCCAGUGGGAAAGAGUACAACAAUGCAAAAAACGAGGAAACAUCUUUGCAUCAUUGCUUGGCCGCAGCGUUUCUCGCAUUGGCAGUGACUACACGGAUUGAAAACUGUGAAGCAUCCAUCUCCAUGAAGUCUCCGCAACCUGCGGAAGGUGAAGGGAAGCUGCGGCAAAGACUGUGCGGUGAGAUCCUUGCUUACGGCGCCUAUGUAGGUGAGUUUUUGUGUUCUUCUGCAAGCAUAAAUCCCAGCGAAUUGCGUUUUCAACAGGCAUCGGCAGAAAUUGCUGCACGUGCGAUUUCUCUAUUGCCGAAGGAACAAACCUUAGCUUCUGAUUUUGAUGCCCACGUCAAGCUGGCUACGGAGUUGGUGGGGCAAUAUAUGAGGGGUGACGGUAUGCCAUGGAUCUCACUCUGGCCACCGUUAUCAUUAGAGAUGUGGCGGUCUCGUGAAUAUAUAAAAUGCCUUCAUGAACCAACGCCGGCAUUGGUCCCGCUCUGUCAACUCCGUCAUCCUGUUGCGGUGUCAUGGAUGAUGCAUCAAAUUGUCACGGAUGCGUCUCCCUUCGGUUCUUCAACGCGACCAUUGAUAGCGCUAUUCAACACGCUUCGUGUGUACGUGACGACCGGGACGGCGUUAUUUUCUCCGUCGAGGGUGAAGAAUUUGGAGAAGGGGAAGCAGCCUGCCAAUGAGGGGAAAGAUGACGGCGUGAUGGUGCCUGUUGUUCGCGGGGCGGGGGCCGGGAUGGUUAUUGACCAGUUUUUAUGCAUCACACUGCAGGAGUGGCAGAAAAGCGGUCACCACGACAAGGCGGAGGUGCGGGAUCGAGAUGUCAUUCGCCACGUCGUCGAUGCUGUUUUUCCUCCUGUCCAAAUUGGCGAGUCUUCUUCUGCCACACCCUUGUCGUUUCUCUCUGGAUAUACGCCAUUAACGACGGAUGGGUUACAGUCACUGCUGCGUCUCGUAGUUCUACGCGAUGGAUUUGACAAGCGCCGCACUGCGAGUGUCAAUCAUGUAGAGAAGCUUUUGCAAAUGGAACAGCGACGCGAGAUGGCGCGUCGUAUUGCUGCAAAUGAUGCUGGACUGCCUCUUACACGUGUGCAUAUUGGUCUUCCACGGGGUGUACAAGACGUGAAGGCGCAAUUAUUGUUUUACCUCCGAGCUCUUGCGGCGACACUUGCUUUUUUGAACCCAAUGGCCUGGCACAAUGAGCGGCAGGCUUCCCUCGAUGUCGCCUACACGGCACUGAUGGAUUUUUUGCAUUUGUGCUCUGCCUCGUAUGACGAUGAUGUCGACAUCAUGUCACGUCAACUGAAGGUUGAGUUAGAGGGCAUCUUUGGUCACGGCGUGGUGCGCGUCAUUUGUGCAGCGACAUCGCAGCAAGAUGGCAUUGUCACACUGCGGCAAUUAAUAAACUUCUUUACUGGUAAUUGGCACCACCAACAAACGAAGAAGAAGCGGCAGGAAAAGGCAUCGGAUCUUCAUCGUCGGCUCCGGAACCUUCUCAGUGCACACAGACACGGGGGUGGCGUAUCAGAUGUUUUACUUCUCAAAGGUGACGAUCUGUUAUCAGCGUCUCCCAUGCCGCUAUUCACGCAGACGACAUCGAUGGUGCAGGAGGCGCUGUGGAGCACGGCCGUCCUGCCAUCACAUGAACUCAUCCUUGAGCUCUUAGACGCUGCUGUCACUACCGCCGCGGCGGAUUCUGCCAAUCCCCCCAUGGAAGCGUUACAUGCGGCACGUCAUGGCCUAAAACUCUUUACGACGAUUGCACCUUACAUGGUUGUACCAACCCUCAUGUUGGAAAAGGUACUGAUGUUACUUCUUGUGCUGCUGCGUCAAAAAUUUAAUGCUGCAGCUUUUUCCACCGAAGUAGAUGAAACAAAGAAGGAAGAAAAGGCAUUGUGUGAGAGCACUUUUUACCUUGUGCUUUGCCGCUUUCAGUACGUCCAACUUAACACACCAACCGCUGUGGCGCUGUUGUGUGAACUUUAUGCUGUUCUUGCUACAAUGAAUGCGACGUCAGAUACCCAAAAAGAUGCGGGGGAUGUGCAUGCGAUCAAAACGAUUCAUUAUCCCCUUCCAUGGUCUUCGAAUAAAGCGACGCAACUACCACAAGAGGAGUGGCUGUUGUGGCGCUGCGCCCUGGAAGCCAAUCAAGUGUCAUGGGCACCUCUUCAAACCGCAUUAUCAUCGUUGAAGGAUGAAUCGUUGCGUCUGUUGCAGCGUGGGUGUCUCGCGUUUCUAAUGCAGGGUCACCGGAGGUCGCACUAUGACCCGCCAUUUCUUCGGCUUGGAAGGAUGCUUGACACUUUGAUUCCGCAUGAGUCGGGGGUACUUGAUGAAAGCGCGACCCCUGGCAUACAUGGCGGUGGUGGCUUUACGGUUCAAUUACUGCGUAUGAUGGAGGCAGACUCGACACGGGCCAAAAUGAGUGUCGUUCCAUGGCGUCGGGCGUUGAAAUUUCUACCGGAUCCUCAUGAGGGAAGCAAAGAGAUGGUUACAGACAUUAAGCGUUUCCGGUUUUAUGUGGCGUUGAUGUCACAACUGCUCACGGCAGCAAGCAAGAAGAAUGAUAGUGUGCGUCAAAUAUGGCAGCAUGCACUUUCCAUCAUUGUGCCGCAGCUCAUCUCUGCUAAGGAACAAAAAGGCCUUGACACGGAACUCAUGCAUCACGGGACCGCAUGCGCAUUGCGGGCACUUCAUAUUGUUCAGCCGCCUCACGCAUGGAGUCUUGCGCUGCAUUUAACAUUACGUCUUCCCAUUGCCGCAUUCCCAUCCCUGUCAUGGUGGCCCUCCCCGGAGGCGGUGUUAUUUCACACAUUAAAAUACCUUGUCGAGGUGUGUGAUGUGACGGAAAUUCCCGUAAAAUCGCUGGUCUUUUACAUGCAAGUUGUAGCAAAACGCCAGUCAGCUGCCGCAGCGCCGGAGCUUCUGACGGGGCGAGUCAACCGUUCCAAGGUUGUGGAGGCCUUUACGGACCGUUUGCAACGCCAUCCGCAUCUUCGGUGGGUGGACGCUCUCGCACUGUUGGAAUCCCUGUGCGUGUUGGAAAAGGCCCUUGUACAAAAAAAUUCAAAGGAAAUUAACAGCGGGAGCCCCAGAAACAACAGUAUGGAGGAAAAUGAGGUCCAAUGGGUUUUUAAUCAAGCAAAAUGUAAAUUUACCACCGCAGUCAUUGAGCGUCUGUACAAAAAACAGUCAUAUGAGUCACUUCUACGUUUUGUGGAGGCGGCACAACAACAUUAUCGCGUGAGCGGACGAGAGGUGUUGGAAUGGGUGAAUCACGCUGCCUCAGUCGUUGUGGCUCCGAGUCGAAGUGGCGGUCUCUCCGAGGUGUUGUUGUUACUUAACGGCACACUUGUAGGGAAAACUUUGGACGAUAUCUUGCGGGAGCAAUCCGCAGGGGUUUUGAGGGAGCGCGUGUCUCUCAUGCGAGAUUUAUUACUUAAUGGUCACUACGUGGAUGCCGCAGCGUUGGUUCGACAGACCCCAACACUGCUACGAACGCGUGAAUUUUAUGAUGCCUGCGCCCGUUUGAUGAAAUACGCGCAUCACAGGACUGUUGUUCUCUUUUACGAUGCGUAUAUUCACCCGGAAGAUGAGUUGGAAUCGGGGGCGAAAAAGUUGGAGGAAAAUUGCUCUGAAGGGAACAAUUGUGCCUUGACGAAGUUACUCGAGGAAGAAGUUUAUCACACUGAGGAGGCAUCCCUCUUACGACAUGUUCCCAAUGGUUUACUGGAGCAGGGAAUGAUUGCUUUUGAAACUGCGGCGAACUCGACGAAAGGGAUUAGCUUUAGCGCGAGGAGAACAGGGAUUUGGAUUGCGGCGACGUGGAUAAGGCGAGUAACGGCCCUCAUGCAAUCCCAAGACUCACUUGUGGCGACUCUACGGUGGGUUCACCGGGAUAUUGUCGGUGGUCACGCAGGGAAGCCUGGUGAUGAAAUUCAAAUUCUUGCUGAUGCUGUACGUGACAUGCUGCACGCGAAAGUGACCCAUGACACUAGUCAAUUUAAUAAUAAUAAUAAUGAUGAUGAUGAUGAUGGUACGAAUACGAAGGAAUCAUUGAUAAACAUACUGCAACGUGAGCGCGAGUUGGCGUGUUUAUUUGUAAAGAUAUUUUCAGGGACGUUUUCUGGCGUUGCAUCGGAAUUGUGCGAAUUUCUUUUACAGCGUGAGCAGCAUCUGAUGAGGGAUUCCGGUGUUGAGAGAAAAGCUGUUGAGUGCGACAAUAAGGAUAUGGAGUGGUGGAGUUUUUUACGCUGCACGGCCUCGUAUAAUGCUGCAAUUGAAGAGGGUUACAAAUACUGUCGCACACUUAUGGAUACGACGGUGAAUAAUGGCAGUAAUGGUCAUCACCCCAUUGUGGAGUGGCGGGACCGCUCAUUGUUUCGUAUUGGCACCGAAAGCCACGCAUGGGUGUUAGCAUUGGCGGCGUAUGCCACUUCGCGAUCAUAUGUUGGGCAUACAUACAUCAGUGGUGCACAUAUAGCACGGCUUGUAAAACUCAUCACCGCCAGCGGUUUCCUCCGUGUUGUGAUCCCGGCAGCUCGCAAUGUUUUUUUUCAUCUAAACUUAUCAAAUCCUAAAAGUGGUGUGGCCUCACCGUUUUUGAAUGCAAUGCUGCUUCUUUGCCAGUCAAUAUGUACGAUGAAGCGGCAUACGAUGCAUCGUCUUCAGAAUGCCGCGGAAAUGGACUCAGGGGAGGUACAAGCUGUACUUGGAGAACUUGAUGAAAUUAAUCAAUUUAUCGGGGACGGACUGGCAUUGUUAUUGCAGCAACACCAGGAGAAAAGACAAUCUACUGUGCAGGACACCGUGCUGGAUGGACGUAUGGAUUUAGUUUGUAGCAUGAUUCGGUCUCUUACUGUAACACCCGGACCGUCUGUUACGCCUGCUGCGGCACUAGAGGCGUGGCGGUCACUCGUUCAACAAAUCAUUACAGCUUUACCAUCAGCUCAACGUUGCAGCAAUGUCCUUGAUGCCUGCAUGGAUACCGUGCGAGACUCUUUUGAGGAACUUUCUUUGUUACGAAAGUAUCCAACUCCUGCAUUGACGAGUUUAGAAAAUGCAUGCAAUGGACUUUGGUGCACUGCAUUGGGACUUAUCACUGCGGAUGAGAGCUUACGGCGCCAUUUAUUUGCCCACACAAACACACAGCAGCUGAGAGCCAUGACACAGCUGGAGAUAUUUCUCUGUUGUGCGAGUCUUGUGGCAGAUGGUGGCGUAGCGGCCAUGAGGUCUAUUUGUGAUGUUGCGGUGCGAGCCCAAACGGUGCCACUUUCAGAGGAUGCCAAGGCACUGGUGAAGAUGGCGUGUAUACAUGGGAAAGGAGCUGCAUGGCGGUCUGAGUAUGAGGCAAUAACCGGUUUUGCGCCAACCACAGUACAGCGACAGAGAACACUUUCACCGGCGGAAGAAGCUAUGGAGCAAGUCCGUUGUUUACAUGCUCUAGAGGCGGUGGAAGAUUGGGCGCAGGCAUUGCGUUUGAGUCAAGCGAAACGUGAGGUUGGGGUCCGUUUACAGCAUUUGCACUAUCACCGCAUGUUACAUCUUUUAGGGAAGUACAACAUGGAUAAUACUGGGGCAGUGGCUUUCAACACGGCGAUGGGUGAUGCAGUGAUGGGGCUGUACUUUGCACGACUGCAGGAUGGUUGUUUACCAAACACUUACUCGAUCGAGCAGUCGCUCCGUCUCUUUUCUGUUCCAACGGUCUCCCCCCUUUUAGCGUUGCAGUACGCGCAGGCACUGACACUUCUUCCGCCUCUGAGCAAUCGCCGACAUAGGAAAACCGAAAGUCGCGGCGAUGGCAGUCAUGCCACGCACGCAUCCUCCGUAUCUCACGCACCGGAUGAUAUGGGCUUUGCUGUCUCCAUUUUAAUGUUACGUCUUGUCACAGAUGCGGCGUUGCGUCUGCCUGACGCCGUGCGUCGGCAUCGUCUAACGAAGAGUGAAGGCGUAGAGGGACUUCAGAUGUUUGCCGCCUUUAUUCGUUGGGUGAGUGAGUUCAGUCGUGUACCGUGUUGCGAUGGGGACGUUAUGGAAGCCAUUGCGCUGCUUCUUUGCACUGUACCGAAGCAACUCCUAUCAGAGCUCACUACGACAAAAAAAAAUCUACCCCACUGCGAUGCAGGAGAUGUGAGGCGCUUACUGUUUAGUGCUUUUGUGGCGCCUUGCAAUGACGGGAUGCCAGUCGUGGAUGCACACACCUCUUCGGCGUCAAUGAAGUUGUACCGCUUCGUCUCUCGAGUCUCCAAGCACCAAAAUAAUGGUAAUGACGAUGAUGAUAAUGAUGGUGGGGAAAUUCCCACACCCGCAACGUUAUGUGCGCUACGCGGCAACGCUGAGGCGGCGCUGCGAUUUGUGGAAAAGCAGGCGUCACUUCACCAUGUGAUGCAUCUAUCCAACGCACUGCUCUGCCGCAUGUGUGCGGCCGUCACGGCUGGUAUGUCACCCACCGCGAAAUCUUUGCAGUCAUUGAGCCACAUUAUGCAGAACACAAAGCUUAUUUCUCCUCCGCUUCGGUACAUGUUGACUCUCAUCGUUGCAGAGCAGUCGACACUUUGGGAAAUUUAUCACACUGGCGGCUCGGAUCCAAAGAAGAUGACGAUGAUUAGUUCUCCGCGUCACGCUGCGGCAAACGAGGAGGUGCCAACUUCGGUAGUGUUGCGCUCCGUUUCAAGGACGUAUAAAUUGGUGCGGCAGCACUUUACACCACCCGACGCGAUCAUGCUGCACGGUCUGCUGCUCCCGAAACAUCUUGCCGCAGCCGAGACAAAAGACGACCACAAGAUUGCUCACGAGGAAGAGGAAGACGAGGAGGAUGACGACGGGGCCAUCCGGUCGCAAGAAAAAGAAGAAGAAGAGAAUGAGGAGGGGGCGUCUGAUUCGGUGGCACAGAACGUGGCGUGGGAACAGGCAUUGAAGCUAUUUGAUAUUUUCAUACGCAAUGCGCAGCCGAACGCCGAUCUCUCUGUGCCAUUUGAGGCGUUGAUUGAAAUUUUUUGUCGAGGCGGCCAGUGGAAUACCGCCAGCCGCCACGUCUCACUCGCCGGAACCCCGUCCACCUGCACGCUGCACACAUCCCAACCCGCCCGAAGUAGGGAGGUUGCCGAUGAUGCUUUCAAGAAGAACGACGCAUCACAUUUUUUUUCCCGUCAUGUGGUGGUGGACUGUUUUCUUCUUAAGCGCCUCCUCGAUGCCAUGGAGGCUGCACGUCAGCGUCAUUACAGGCAUGGGGAGCAGAGCCCUAGCGAAGGUGUACAACAUGGCUGUGGGCCUCCCGGUUUUUGGCGGCUAACGCUACAUAUUCUUCAGCAGCAGCAGCAGAUGUUCCUUCUCCCCAGUGAAAUGAGGUCAGACGGUACUGAAAAGAGCGAUGUGGCGAUUUCGUCUGUGACGCUGUUGGCUAUCAUGCAGGGGAUUUCUAAAGGAAGAGGCGGCUAG